AUGGCUGCUCUCACGAAUAAUGACAAAAUCAAUUACAAAGUCCUUGUAAUUGGAGAUCCAGGUGUUGGAAAAACUUCUAUCAUCAGAAGAUUUGUGCACAAUGUAUUUUCAUCAAACUAUAAAACUACAAUUGGUGUUGACUUUGCACUCAAAAUCCUACCUGUCGACGAGAACACAGUUGUUCAUCUUCAAAUCUGGGAUAUUUCAGUUACCUGUACAAUAAAAACUGCUCCAGCAAGUGGUCCAUUUCCGAGUCUGAAGAAUGGAACUUCAAUUGGAACUUCAUUAUAUCUCCAUUUUCCUAGCUCGAACACAAUGUAUGUUCCAACUAUGACUGCAGACAAUGUACACAAGAAGAAUGCAAUUCCGAAGCAUCCCAAUAGCACUCCGUGGGCCACAACCAAAAUAUAUCUUGGUGCAUCAGUGGAUGUGAUUGAUGGAUCUGAAGCUUAUUUGUCUGAUGUAUCGUCAGUAGUGAGCUCAUAA